AUGAACUAUCCUUCUGUGAAUGCAACUAUGAUUAUUCAACCAAUCGUUGAACAGUUCAAAAAUUUCAGUAUUAGGAAAUUAUUCCUUUCAUUUUCAAUUAAAAACAUCGAGUUCCAUAAACAAAUGUUGGAACUAUAUUCACAUCAAUUUGAAGAAGUGUAUAUAAUCCAAAAUUUUCUAGAGCCCAAAAGAUUCCAAUCCGUUAUCGUCUCAAACUUCACGUUUAUAAAGAUAUGGGAGUACAUCCCAUUGAAGAUAAACGACUUGUUGGCUUCAAAUAGUUCCACAAUAUGUAUGGGUUAUCAAGUACCCCCAAAAGAUAUAUGUACAUUUCUAAAGCAUUGGAUUCAUGGAUCGAACGAACAACUGAAGCAGUUAAUAAUGAUGUUUCCUCUCAGUUUUAAUAAAAAUGAUUUUAUCCCAAUCGCCUUGAAUGGUAUUAAAUAUCAAUUGGCACCGGUCGAGAGGAAACUUGUUUUUAUACAAGAUACGUAUAAAUGGUAUGAUAAAGAAGUUGAAGUUGAAGGAGGUUUGGAUAUUCAAAGGAUCGAUGGAACCAACGCCACUAUUACUCUACCUGAAGAGCCGGCUUGGAGUACGAUACUGUACGUGUGGGAUUAA